UCAGCUCACAUGUACGUUAACAAACUGUGUUUUCGCCAAAAGUAUUAUGCAAGUGUUAUAAAUCUUGGAGCUUUGAUAGCGAUGCCUGCCCAUAAAUGUAAUUUUAUAUGCAGUGAAACGUCUAUAUGUAAAAUUAUAAUUGACCAACUAAUGCUUUUCUCUGUUAUGACUUUGUGCUCCAUUUUCUGUCCUUCAAUGCCCUCCGGUACUCACUUGGAAGGAAAUGUGUAGCACAACAAGCCGUAUGUCUUUUCGGUUUAAGACGCACAGUUUCACUCACUGUGUGCCCGAGCGAAUGCUUCCCGACUCCUUUUGAGUCCAGGAAGUGUUUAAAUAGCCCAAGUCUUGAUCCGGUCUUUCUUUCAGGUACAGGAGCGCAACGGUAAGUGAUGGCGAUUUUGCUUGAGUCGGUUGAUAUUGACAACCGCCAAUCAAAAUCUUUAAACCCCUGAGUCCCUAUGUUCGUAGAAUGGGAAGGGCCUUUUAAAGGGGACCAUGCCGUGAUUCUCUUGUGACCUGUAUUAUAAACCGUGUUCUUGGCGUUUCUGGGCAUGUUUUACAACAGAAUAUUUUAGAAUACUUUACUGUUUACAUAAUGAGGAGGUCAGAAUCAUUGGAAAGCUAAACGCUAAAUGGCAAAGAGUACUUGUUCAGAGGGAUUGAAGAAAUAGAAGCAGAUGCAUUUACUUCAUGAUUUAUUUAUAUUUUGCAUAUUAAAUAAUGAUGCCCCGGUAUCUACUCUAGUUUGUUCGCACUGCCGUGUACCAAAUAACUUUGUUCCCAGUAAAUAAUUCAAAACUGUGACAUUGUGAAGUGGGUCAGGAAGCUGCUAUUUCUUUGUAACUAUUGAAGUAUAAAGUACCGGAGAAGAAUAAAAAUUGAUCUAUAUUCAUUUUAGUAGUAGUAGUUACCAGUGGCAAGUUGAAAAUAUAGUCCUAAAAAGAGAGAAUAGCUUGAAGUCUGUCAGUCAUGUCUGAACAUAAGCGCAAGGUCUGUUGGAGGAUGUAGCUUAAUUUAAAACACUACUACUAGCUUUGUACCUAUGUAUCUAGCUAUGAUAAAGGAACAAUAACAGGAUGGCUGUGAUUGGAUGCUUAAUCUAGAGUAUGUUUAUGUAACAUCACUGCAAAACACGGCUCCAUCAGCAUGCUUUAAACCGAACAAGGGGUCAUAAGUAUUGAGGCGCUAUCACUCCUAUGUGACACACUCGCUGUGCCAUGAUGGUGUCUACUUGUCUGUGUUUUCAGUUGACUUCUGUCAAUCAAUUCUGAUACUUGAUGUUGACAUGUUCACAAAGCAAACUGCACUGGAGAUUAGCAGCUGUGGUGCUGGGUAGGAACCACGAAAAACUGCUUUUUGUAUGAGGCCAUUCGCCAAAAUGAAAAUCGAAAUGGAUUUUAAUUGGCUUUUUUUUUUUGUUGUUGUGUGUCGACCACAGCUUCUAAUUUCUGCCCAAAACUGUCUUUUUUCAGUUUGAUCGUUCAUUAGUUUUUAUUUAUUGUUUCCCUUUAUUUGGGUUCCUUCUAGAAACAAAAGGCAUACAGCUACCACAGGACACUCCUCGUGGCUUUAAGGAGCGUGUGAAAUUUGAAAGUAUGGUACGCUCGAUUUGACUCCAGUGGCGCCUCACUUUUCUUUUUCUUUUUUCUUUUUUUUGCCUUACCAGAUGACGGUGUGGCUGCCACUGGGGUGAAUCUGAUUGUUUUGGCGUGAUUUACUGAACAUUUUGAUUUAUUUAAAAGGGGCGGUGGUGGGUGGCGGGGGGCUUACAAGUGCACUUACAAGAUGGGUCACGUAUGGUAGGGACAGAAGGGGUGGGGGACAAAAGGAAGGGCAAUGUAGCUGCAGCUAAACACCUUGAGGUGGCUUUUUUUACUCUCUCUGUGUUUCCCCUAUUUUUCUCUUCUCCUCAUGUCAUUGUGUUCUGCAUCAACCCCUUUACAUCCCUCAGAGCUUCGAGAAGUCCGGCGGGUGCCUCCUCGCUUCUCCAUCCCGCCAAGCAGUCAGGAAAUAAUGCCUGGUGGCAGUGUGAACAUAACAUGUGUGGCAGUGGGCUCCCCCAUGCCGUACGUCAAGUGGAUGCUGAAUUCCGAGGAUUUGACUCCAGAGGAUGAGAUGCCAGUGGGUAGAAAUGUUCUCGAACUGAGCAGCGUCCGUGAGUCAGCCAACUACACUUGCGUAGCCAUGAGCAGCCUCGGAAUCAUUGAAGCCGUGGCACAGAUCACCGUCAAAUCUCUUCCAAAGCCUCCUGGUACACCUGUUGUCACUGAGACCACUGCCACCAGCGUCACUAUCACGUGGGACUCAGGAAACCCGGAUCCCGUCACCUACUAUAUAAUCCAGUAUCGAGCCAAGUCCCCGGAAAGCAAGUACGAGACAGUAGAUGACAUCACCACGACUCGUUACAGCAUCGGAGGCCUCUAUCCCAACACCGAGUACGUCAUCAGAGUUUCGGCGGUCAACACCAUAGGUCAGGGUCCACCCAGUGAACCAGUAGAAACCAGAACCGGUGAACAGGCGCCUGCCAGUCCCCCUCGAAAUAUUCAAGCACAAAUCAUCUCCCAGAACACCAUGAUGGUGCGCUGGGAAGAACCCGAAGAACCCAACGGACAAAUAAAAGGCUACAGGGUGUACUACACGAUGGACGACUCCCAGCCCACCAGUCUCUGGCUGAUUCAUAAUGUGCAGGACAGCAUCAUUACAACCAUCCAGAGUUUGGUGCCACAUGAGACCUACACCAUUAAAGUACUAGCGUUCACCUCUGUAGGUGAUGGACCCUUCUCAGAGCCAAUCCAUGUGAAGGUGCUGCAAGGAGUUCCUGGGCAGCCCUCCAAAUUUCAAAUUGGCAACAUCGGUGAUACCAGCAUUCAACUCACAUGGGAACCAGCCUUCGAGAAAGAGGGAAUAAUCAGUUAUGAACUGCGAUAUUCAGAAGGAAGCUUGGGAACUCGGAUCAAGAAAUCUUUCAGCCCCACUUCAUCGUACGUUGUGGAAGGUCUUCGCCCAAAUACCGAGUACCACUUUUCCCUGGCUGCCAUCUCCAACAAAGGCAUUGGUGCUUUCACCAAUGACAUAUCACAGAAGACCCUGCAAGCCAAACCCUCCGCCCCCCCUCAAGAGAUUAAGUGCAGCAGCGCCAGCUCCACCUCCCUCCUGGUAAGUUGGCGGCCCCCGCCCGAGACGGCUCAGAACGGAGUCCUGGUGGGGUACAGGGUGCACUACCAGGUGGCGGGUGUGUCAGAGGGUGGAAGUGAUGAUGCACAGCUCAUGGAGGAGCCGACUGUGCCGGCCACCGAUGAGCAGGUGCUGCAGGUGCUGCUGCAGCGCCUCGACAAGUGGACCCAGUAUCAGAUCACAGUGUCCGCCUUGACUGUGGUUGGGCCGGGCCCUGAGAGUGAGCCCAUCAUCUGCCGGACCGAUGAAGACGUUCCCGGUGGCCCACCAAGGCGGGUGGAGGUGGAGGUCCUUAACUCCACGGCAUUGAAAGUCAUGUGGCGCUCCUUGGUGCCUGGGAAGCAGAACGGUCAAAUCCGAGGCUACCAGGUCCACUAUGUUCGUGUGGAGAACGGAGAGUCUCGGGGUUUGCCUCUGAUCAAGGAUGUCAUGCUGGCCGAUGCGCAGUGGGCAUUGGACGAUACAGCGGAGUAUGACAUGGUGAUCGGAGGACUGAAGCCGGACACCACUUACUCCAUCACGGUGGCCGCCUAUACCACCAAGGGGGAUGGAGCUCGGAGCAAACCAAAGCUGGUGGUGACCAAAGGAGCAGUGCCUGGCCCGCCCUUUCUAUCGGUGGCUCCGAAUUCCGAGACCUCUGCCGUGGUUCACUGGGAUCCUCCAGACCUGACCAACGGCAUGGACCUGCAAGGUUACCGGCUUCAGUUUGGUCGAAAAGAUCUUUUACCGUUGGCCACGCUGGAAUUUGCUCCUCAGGAACGCCAGUACACUGUAGACAACAUUCACCGGGGCGCCACUUACCUCUUUAAGAUCUCAGCCAAAAGCCGAGGGGGCUUUGGUGAGGAGGCCAGUAAGGAACUUGCCGUGCCAGAGAACACCCCAGGGGGAUACCCUCAAAUUAAUGAGGGAUCCAAUGUGACAUGUUGCUCAGUGCAGCUGUCUUGGGCUCCGCCAGUACUGGCAGAGAGGAACGGGGUGAUCACACAGUACACUUUGGCCUAUAAAGAAGCUGGUACCGGAGGACCGCCAAGGGAGCUACGUUUACCCCCGGACCAGUCCGACUAUGUGCUCAACAGCCUCAAACCAAACGCAGCGUAUGACGUGAAAAUCCGUGCACACACCAGUGUAGGUCCUGGGCCCUACAGCCCGCCUAUCCAGUAUCGGACCGUGGCCUUUGACCCAACAGAUGUACCCAAGAAUUUCACUGUCAAGUGGGCGACCAAGACCACUGUGGUCAUUGCGUGGAAGUUUUCCAAGAGCGGAUCCCCGUAUAAGUGCACGAUCGAAUACAACCGGCAGAAGAUGGAAGUGGACGCCACGCAGCUGCGAGUGCUGGUGACGGGUCUCCGGCACAACUCCACCUAUGAGUUCCGAGUCACCUGCCAGGAGAGCAUGGAUGGCGGCACUCGACACCGCGUGGUGGCCCGAACCGCCCCGCUCAUGCUGAUGAAGAAACCCAAGCUGGACAUUUACGCUGAGCCGGACAACAUGCUCACCAUGUCCUUCCCACCAGUCGACAGCAAGGACGUCAAGAAUUUCUAUGUGGUUGCGGUGCCACUGAAACGAUCCACUGGGAACGUCAAAAACCUGGACAGCCCUGAUGAGACGGACAUGGAAGAGCUCCUGCGGGAAGUGACGCCAAAGCGACGGUCACGGCGCCAGCUGGCGCAGCUGGAUCAGCGCAAGCCAUACAUCACCGCCUGCUUCAGACAGCUUCCUCCUAGCUUCACCGUGGGUUCGGACCACCGACUCAGUAACUGCGAAAACAAGCCUCUCGAGCCCGGCCAGGAGUAUGUCUUCUUCCUACUGGCUGAACUGAACACCACUCAUGGGAAAAUGUUCGCCACCAGCCCGUACACUGACACGGUGAUGACUCCGGAGUUGGAUGUGAUGAAUCCCCUGCCUGCAGAAAGUGGUGGUGAUGGGCUCAUAUGGGUGGUGGGGCCGGUCCUUGCCGUGGUCUUCAUCAUCUGCAUUGUUAUCGCCAUCCUUCUUUACAAAAACAAACCUGACAGCCGCAAACGAAAAGAGUCGGAGCCGCGCACAAAGUGUCUGCUAAACAAUGCAGACAUCACCCCUCACCACCCCACGGACCCAGUGGAAAUGAGGCGCAUCAAUUUCCAAACUCCAGAUUCGGGUCUAAGCAGUCCUCAGAGCGAAGCCGAUUUUGAAUAUGAAAGUAUGAUGAAUCACCCUCCCAUCCCGAUCUCUGAGCUGGCGGAACACACCGAGCUCCUCAAGGCCAACGACAACCUGAAGCUCUCCCAAGAAUACGAGUCCAUCGAUCCAGGCCAGCAGUUCACCUGGGAACAUUCCAACCUGGAGGUGAACAAGCCCAAAAAUCGCUACGCCAAUGUCAUCGCCUACGACCACUCCCGUGUCAUCCUGGCUCCAAUUGACGGGAUCACGGGUAGCGACUACAUCAACGCCAACUACAUCGACGGCUACAGGAAGCAGAACGCCUACAUCGCAACUCAGGGGCCUCUGCCGGAAACCUUCGGAGACUUCUGGAGGAUGGUGUGGGAGCAGAGAGCAGCUACAGUGGUCAUGAUGACCAGACUGGAGGAGAAAUCACGGAUAAAGUGUGACCAGUACUGGCCCAGUCGAGGCACAGAAACCUACGGGAUGACCCAAGUCACCCUCCUGGACACCAUCGAGUUGGCCACCUUCUGUGUGCGCACCUUCUCGCUGCACAAGAACGGCUCAAGUGAGAAGCGAGAAGUUCGCCAGUUCCAGUUCACGGCGUGGCCCGACCACGGCGUUCCAGAGUAUCCCACCCCCUUCCUGGCCUUCCUCCGCAGGGUGAAGACCUGCAACCCCCCUGAUGCCGGACCCAUCAUCGCCCACUGCAGUGCGGGCGUGGGCCGGACGGGCUGCUUCAUCGUCAUCGACGCCAUGCUGGAGCGCAUCAAGCACGAGAAGACGGUGGACAUUUACGGCCACGUGACGCUGAUGCGCUCUCAGAGGAACUACAUGGUGCAGACGGAAGACCAGUACAGCUUCAUCCACGACGCUUUGCUGGAGGCCGUGGCCUGCGGCAACACGGAGGUGGCCGCCCGCAGCCUGUACUCCUACAUCCAGAAGCUGGCGCAGGUGGAGACCGGCGAGCACGUCACCGGCAUGGACCUGGAGUUCAAGCGCUUGGCCAACUCCAAAGCUCACACGUCACGCUUCAUCAGUGCCAACCUUCCCUGCAACAAGUUCAAGAACCGGCUGGUCAACAUCAUGCCCUACGAAACCACACGUGUCUGCCUGCAGCCCAUCAGAGGCCUGGAAGGGUCGGACUACAUCAACUCCAGCUUCAUUGACGGAUACAGGCAACAGAAGGCCUACAUCGCCACGCAGGGCCCUCUGGCCGAGACCACGGAAGACUUCUGGAGAAUGCUGUGGGAGAACAACUCGACUAUCGUGGUCAUGUUGACCAAACUGAGAGAGAUGGGACGGGAAAAGUGUCACCAGUACUGGCCUGCAGAGCGCUCCGCACGCUACCAGUACUUUGUAGUGGAUCCUAUGGCCGAGUACAACAUGCCGCAGUACAUCCUUCGGGAAUUCAAAGUCACGGACGCUAGGGACGGCCAAUCCCGGACGGUACGGCAAUUCCAGUUCACCGACUGGCCGGAGCAAGGCGUUCCCAAAUCUGGGGAGGGAUUUAUUGACUUCAUCGGGCAGGUUCAUAAAACCAAGGAGCAGUUCGGACAAGAUGGGCCGAUUUCUGUCCACUGCAGCGCUGGUGUUGGCCGCACCGGAGUCUUCAUCACCCUCAGCAUCGUCCUGGAGAGGAUGCGCUACGAAGGCGUGGUCGACAUUUUCCAGACAGUCAAAAUGCUACGCACACAGAGACCAGCCAUGGUCCAGACCGAGGACGAGUAUCAGUUCUGCUACCACGCCGCUCUGGAGUACUUAGGAAGCUUUGAUCACUAUGCAACGUAAAAAGCCAUCUCUCCCCCCUCCACCAAUCCUGUCGCCCCUCUCCACCUCGACAGUCUCCUGAGCCAUAGAAACUUGAAUUUUGAAAAGCCGCCACUUCUAAUUCUGACGCACCCAACCGCAAGUUUCUGUCUCCGCGUGGUGACGCCUGAUCCGACGAUUCCGAAUCAGCCCAGAUCUCAAAGAAACCGAACCGAAAAACACAAACUAUGGCUCAUGCUGAGGGUCCGGUUUUUGAUCAACGUUGCCAGGCUCCUAACUUUACCUCAAGUGUUUCAAAAUGGAGGACAAUGUAAAAAAAAUAUUUUUAUUUCUCUUCUCAAAAACAGUGGUUAUUAGCUGCAGAUGAUGGAGAGGCAGUUGGAUGUAGCCGAUACGGGGUGACAUUCUCUUGUUGUUUUGAUAUCAAUGGGUGUAAAUGAGUAUUUUUGUGAGUGAAAUUCAGCAUUUUUUUUCCUCCUCCCUGUCCAAACUGUGGUUAACCAUCUCUCCGAGGGAGAAAAAAAAAGAGAACGCUCCCAUCUGGUGGGAGGGGGGGACGGAGGGGGGACCUGCUAAGGAGAUGCUAACAAAAUCACACGACAGCCUCUUCCAACAUGAGAGGCGACGCUCAUCUGUCAGGAAGGAAUUGAAACUCAAGACUAGAGAACUGGAUUUAGAGACAAGAAAAAGAAAAAAAAAAAAAUUCAUGCCUGUUGCUCGAAGCUCGACUGGUCCGGUGACCAUGGCAACCCACUUUUGUUUGUUUCCACUGUGGAAUCGUGGCUGGUUCACCGGACCAUUUUUCAAGGCAAAUCUUUGGACACACCCUAACAGACAAAGAGGGGCUUGUCUUUGUGUACAAAGAUCACCGUUUUUUUUUUUGUUCCAGUCAGAAACCAAACAUGCUGCUUAUCAAGUGUAUGCUGUACGUGUGACUCUGGAGAGAAGAACAAGAUGCAACAGGAGCAUCCACGUCAUCGUCCCCCGGUCUCUAUCACCUCGACUACUCUAUAACCAUGUAUCUCAGUAUAAAAGACUCAAAAGUGGCAGGUGCGAAGCUUUUGUGUUCUCGUGGUUGGAAAAAAAAUUGGCCCUCUCUUUGUGUUCGGUAAGAGGUGGAUAGUUUUUUAGGUUUUUUUAUUUGGACUCAAGAAUGAAGUUUCUUGCACACCCCAUAAAAACACCCUCAAGUCGGGUUUUUUUAGCUGUAAAAUCAGUGUUGUGCACAAGAAGGCGGGACGAUGGACUGAACUGUGUGUGAUCUUAUUUCCAAAAAAGCCUUAUUGUUGAUGUAACAUUACAGAUGAAAAAAAAAAAAAUUAAUGUUGUAUGGCUUAAUUUGCGUUACAUUUUUCUUUCCUUUUUUUUUAACAGAGAUAUUGCAUUGCAUUUUUUAAUACUAGUAGCUAAGAAAAAGUGCUUAUCUGUUCAUAUUAUGUUGAAAGACAUUCUAUUUUUUCACUGUAGAAAUGUUACGUCUGUGUGUGUGUGCAUAUACGGCUGCGCCCACACACAUUCAUAUAUAUGAAAAUGCAGAAUAUGAAAUUAUAUCCAAGCAUAGUAUGAAUUAAAUGCUCCUUUUAUUUUUCAUGUUUAGAGAGACUAACCUCCGUGUGGACCGGCCCGCUCAUCUUUUGUUUUUGUAGCAGCGUUACGAAGACCCAGACGGAAUUGGCCUCACGCGUGCAGACUCGUAUUUUUUACUAUUUACAUAACAUAAAGUGGUACUUCAUUUUGUCAUAGAUGUAAAUAACAAAUAUAUAGACUAUAUGUAUUUGUCGAACCCUGGAGGCUCAGCAGUGAUGUGAGGAUGGACGAAAAGGAAAAAAAACGAUUCCCAACUUCUAAAGUGUUUUCUCUCCUUCUCAAGUGUUCUUUCGGUUCGAACCCUGCAUCCUGAUCUUUAAAUACCGUUUGCCUUUUUUUCUGCCUUUAAUUUCCCUGGCCAGCAGUGAGAUCCGGGAAACGUGCCAGACUCUGUUCUCGCACAUUUGGCGAGGGCCAUGAAAUCGGCGUCAGCGUAUGUAACUAAAUCAAAGCCGGGAAGUCGACCCAUCCAGUCUUUCUUUCUUCAUCUCACGAUGAGCUGUUGGUCUCGGUCUGGAUCAUGUGUUGGGACAUGAACUGUGCUCAUGUUGAAGAAUCCACAUUCUCCGUUCCCGCUCCUCUCGCGCCCCGUAGGUGUCUUUCAUUCCUGAACCGCUUUAAAUGACCGCUAUGCCAAAUAUUUCAUCUUUCGUUCUACGUCAUGCAUUAAACUUGUCGAGAUCCAUGCUUUUUUUUUUUUUGCUUUUUAUAUGUGACACAGAAAGAAUUCUGGACUGAUGCAAACAAGGGGAAACCAUGACAACCAAAAAAAUGUGCUGCAACUGUCUCCACACCUUCAGAUGUGUCUCUGCGACCCACUUUUUUUUUUUUUUUUUUUCCAAAUGAAAGAAAGACUCUGGCCCCGAGCCAGAAGCGCAGAAGUUUGUCCAAUGUGACUUCAUGUGCUAAUGAUCCAGACUCGCCCGGACAAACAACACUGGACUUUGUGGUAUCUGGGAUCAUUGCAGAAAAGACACUCGGGGAACAAAAGAGUCAUCCACGAACACAAGGAAAGAGCAGAAAACAAUUCCCGACUCAGCAGAAUAGUUUUUUCUUUGUAGGAGGGCCGAUCACUUUCAACUGUUACUUCUAACUGAAACAAUACUUGGUUUAAAGCCACUGUGUAUGUAGAUAUGUUGACUUUGUAUUAAAGAAAUGUUGUCUGAA